AUGGGCUGGUCCUCGUCUCCCAGCAAGUGGAUUUGGUGGCUGGAGCUCAGUGCCCUACACAUCCCAGGGGUCAGUAGGAGAGCCCGUGUCUACUGUGAAGACUUUCUGUUCCCAAAGGUGCGCAGGACUGUGGCAGAACUAUGGUCAGUUUACUCCAAGCCUGUCCCAGCAAACGGCAGAGAGCUGUGGACCUUGUUUCUGCAGUGUUCCUGCGUUACAGCGGUGAUAGGAGGCCUCUUUUACAACUGGAUGUUUGCUUCCCUGGAGUACUCCUGGCAUCUGUCCGUUGCAAUGGCUGUCUCCUUCAGUCUGCUCCUUCUCCUCACCCUUUUCUUGGUGCAUCCUGCCCGUUGUGUCUUCAGUAUGAUCAUGCCUACGUUAGGUACCAAACAAGGCCGGAAGCUUCUCUUGUCAACCUGCACCAUGAUAGUAGUGGUUAACAUAACUCCCAACAUCAUAAGCAACAUUAAAACCAUACUGCAGCUUAUUAAGUGCAUCUGCAAGAAUUCCUCUGAGAGUCUUUUGAACUCAACUGCUCUGCUAGACACAGCUUCCUGGGAGUUUGGGGAUGCAAUACAAGAAAAUGCUCAUUCCAUUAAUAUUUAUAGACCUAUGAAUGGACAUUUUCAGUUUUCACUGCUUAAGAACAGCUCCUUGAUUUACCAACAAAUGCACCUUGCUGGUGAGAAAAUUGGGAGGGACUUUUUGGCUGUUGAGGUACUGGUCAAAGACUCUGUACGAGUAGGCAACAAGCUGGUUGCCGGCUUCUCCAUGCUCUAUCUCUGUUUUGAGUCCACCUGGUAUUUGAAAAAUUACCUCACCAACCUCCGCUUUGACAAUUUUUACAUCACCAAGAAGCUGGAGUGCUUAGCUGUGGACAGAAAAGCAACUCACCUGCUGGUGGGCCCAUUCAAAAACCUCAUUCGACCAACAGGCUUGAAGUUGUCCCGGGAAGAAGUGAUGCUGUGUCUCAUGCAAGCCAUGCUCCUCACCGUGGCCCUGAUGCUGAUGCUGGUGGUCGUGGCAUUGGACCACUUUGCGUUCAGCGUGGCAGACACUGCGGUGAGAAAGGCAGCUCAGUUCUCCACGGUGCCCGUCACUCUCAACAUCAAAUACAGUGUAAGUGCUGGGGUCCCCUCUCCUUCCCUGCAAUUACCACUUCAGGACUUUGAAGGAAGCUACCACCAUUAUCUGAUCUUCAGCUCGGCCCACUGCAGGAUCAGUCCUCCGAUGCCUCCCAACCCCUCUGUGCUGCUCGUCGUGGGGCUGCUCUUCUGCAUCCUCUAUGCCACUGUAUUUCUGGAAACCUAUGCACACCGUCUGUGCAGAAAAAUCGCAGGCUCCUUCUUUGAGAGUCAGGAGGAGAAGCGGAUGCUUUACCUCUACAAGAAGCUGUCCAGGAAGCACAAGGAGGAAAAAAACUGU